AUGUCGUCUGAUGGCGAUGAGGUGGCGGAGGAUUACCGUCUUGCCCUCGAGGAUCUCUCCUCUAAUAUGCGUUUUGAGAUCAGCAACUUGACAGUAAUUGCCAGAGAGAAUACAGAGCAUGCUUUGGCUAUCGCAGAGGUUCUGCAGCAGCACAUUCUGAAGGCACCGCCAAAUAAGAAACUGCCAGCCUUAUAUGUAAUGGACUCAAUCGUCAAGAAUGUUGGCACUCCAUAUACGCUAUACUUCGGUCGAACUCUGUUCAAGAUAUUCAUGGAGUCAUAUGCGGUGGUUGAUCAUGGCGUGCGCAGAAAGAUGGAGGAGAUGCUCAAAACAUGGAAAGAUCCUGUUCCUGGAUCAAUGGAUACGCGCCCCGUCUUUUCACACGAAUUGGUGCGGCCGAUUGAGAAUGCUCUUAUGAAGGCCCGAGCAGCAAGCAUGCCCCAACAGGCACAGAGCGCCAUACCAGGCAGACCUCGAUCAGCAAUGUUCCCUCAUCGGAACACACCGACGCCGCCUGGAAUGCGUGGAUACCCUGGCCCGGCUGGGAACUUUCCACCACAGCCUCAUCCUUUCGCCAACGGAGGGCAUCCCGGCGAGCCGGUCGCUGGCUAUCCCGGACAGCAGCCUGCUCCUUAUCCCCCACCAUCUACUUUGGCCCCUUACAAUUCGACCCCAGCUUCCUUCCCCCAAGCCGCCCAAGGACCAUACGGCUCAGGAUUGCCUCUGCCGUCUGGAAUAAGCGUAGAGACCUUGAGCAGUGACAUUCAAAAUUUGAUUGUUGCGAUGAGGGCCGAGUUCUCGCAGAAUCCGCAUGAUAGCGGAGCUCAGAGCAGGUUAAAGGCUCUGUUGGAUCUCCAGAGCGUUGUACAACACUCAAAUCUGCCACCAGAUCAGCUUGAGCUCAUUAAAAACAAAGUAACAGAACUUGCUGCCGUGACAAUUAGGGCCACUCUCGGCCAUAGCUCUGCAAACUCUACCCCUAUCCCAGCACCAGCGGUGCCGCCGGCUAUGGCGCUUUCCGUGCAUCCUCCCUCUACCUCUGUAACCCCGUCACCGGUUCCGGCGGCCCAGUCCGCUGUGCCGGUGACUCUUGAUUCAUUGCUUGGGAAAGGGGCGAUGGCAGCUUUGCUGAGUAUGCAGUCGAGCAACUCUCAGCAGAACACAACACCUAAGCCUCCGUUCGCUGGCGUCCCUAUACGGUCGCCGCAGAUGAAUCAUAACGAGCCACCCAAGGCAGCUGCAGCACUAGCACCACCACCAUCCAUGCCCGCGGCUCCAGCCUCGAGUGCCUCUUCCUUAUUAGAUCAGCUCCGAGCUGCGGGUAUGCUCCCACCCGCAACACCUACCAAUGUUCCAGCUCCCAACCAGGCACCAGCUGUUCCGGUAAUGCCGCCUUCUAUAUUUCCUUCGGGCCUACCAGCGAGCAUCGCCAGCCUACUAGCGGCCCAUAAGCCAGAUUCUGGCCGAUCCAGUGCAGAUAGCCUGGCCAGCUCUACUGGCCUGGAUUUCGCUAUAAAGAAACAAUUUCGUCCCGAGUCUAUUGCUGCGUUAUAUGACGAUCUAGGACCUCCGUGUACGCAGUGCGGCAGACGGUUUAGGACUGACGAAGAAGGAAGAAGAAAGAAGACGGCUCAUAUGGAUUGGCACUUUCAAGUGCACCAGCGGAGCACAGAGGCCGAAAAACGAGGCACUCAUCGGAGCUGGUACGUUGACCAGCAGGACUGGCUCAAAGCCCGGGAAGCUGUUGACGCGAUACAUGAUGUGUCUUCCAAGGAGGAGUCGGCUCAAGCCUCUAAGGAUUCGGAGGGACCAAAGUAUAUCCUCGUACCAGAUCCAAGCAGCGGCAUUAACAAUGUUUGCCCAAUCUGUCAGGAACGAUUUGAGAACAAGUGGCUCGAUACGGUCCAAGAAUGGGUAUGGCUCGAUACAAUCUUGGUGGGCAACCGGGCAUAUCACGCCUCAUGCCGUGCUGAGGCGACGAGGGAUCGAGAGUCUACACCCGUCCAAUCACGGCGCACUCCGGAACCGGUGCUGGGAAAGAGAAAAGCAGAGACGGGUCUUGCGUCUCCAAAGAUUAGAGUGCAGAAGCCGUUUAUGUAA